CUCACCUCCCUCCCUACCUCCCUCCCUCGUGGUAUCGCGCUCACACGCUUGCGCGCUCACAUUCCCUCAUAGAAGUUACCAAGAAAAUUCGCACAUUUAUCGGCAAACUAGAGAACCAUCAGAGAACAUGGCUUCUGGAGUCACCGUUAAUGAUGAUGUUAUUAAGGUCUUCAAUGACAUGAAAGUGCGAAAGUCUUCAACCUCGGAUGAGGUAAAAAAACGCAAAAAGGCAGUGCUGUUCUGCCUCAGUCAAGACAAGAAGAAGAUUAUUGUGGAGGAGGACAAGCAAAUCCUUGUUGGCGAUAUCGGAGAGACUGUCGAUGAUCCAUAUGCCUGUUUUGUAAAGCUCCUACCUCUAAAUGACUGCAGAUAUGGCUUGUAUGAUGCCACUUAUGAAACAAAAGAGUCCAAGAAAGAAGACUUGGUAUUUAUAUUUUGGGCUCCUGAAGGUGCACCAUUAAAAAGCAAGAUGAUAUACGCUAGUUCAAAAGAUGCCAUUAAAAAGAAGUUUACAGGUAUCAAACAUGAAUGGCAAGUCAAUGGCUUGGAUGACAUUCAGGACCGCUCAACCCUGGCAGAAAAAUUAGGAGGCAAUGUGGUUGUAUCAUUGGAAGGGCGACCACUGUAAACUGAAUAGACACCGGCCAUCUGUAUUCCACUCGCUUUCUAUCUUAGCUGUAUUUUGAUCUUGAAGGAAUAGUUUUAAGUUUUCUCUUUUUUUAUUUUUUUUUUUUCCAUAUGAAAAAGAUCUCACUAACAUUUUAAAAUCUAUCGUUUUAUUGCCAGCUGAUGUCAAACUCUGUUUUUGUAUGUCCCCAAAAAAGUUUAUCUUGUAGCAUGUUUUAACUAACAACAAUGCCAUGAAUCAGUAUUGUAAGUUCAGUCCUCUCUGCACAGCCAUGCAAUGUCCAGUGUUUAUCUUUUUGUAUCACUGAGAUAUUAUGUACUACUGUAUCCAACAUGAGAAAGCUUUCUGUUAAUGCUACACAGGGAUUGCAUUAACCAUUUGCGAGCACUUUGCACUCUACGUGUUGACGUAUUUAUUUAAACUUUUCUACCUAAUUGGCCUAAUUUGACAUGGCUAAUAUGUUGAGUACUAUGCAGCUGUGAAAGCACUUGUUUCUACACUACACGUUGAGACACAACUGGGCAUGGGUCUAUGGAAUUGCUGUGUUUGUCAUCAUAUUGAAGUCACCACCAUUUUCAUUCCUGCAGUGCAUAUGGACAGCCUUAUUUUUAUUUGAAUGUACAGUGCGCCACCAAAUAAGGAGGAGGUGCUGCUUGGUUGUUGUUUUUUUUUUAAACACUAAAAGAGAAUGCAUAAUAUCUGUAAAGAUGGCAAUAUCUGCGUUUGCAGCCUUAAAUUAAUAAAAAAAGAAAUUUUUGAGAUCUAUAAAUUUGCCACUUUGAAAUAAAACCUUGUGGCAUACAAAUCA